CGAACAGAAUAGUUUCCUCUCACCAAAAAAAAAAAAACAGUGGGAGAGAAGGAAAAGAAUGGACGGUAACACUACUGAAGCUGAACGUUGGCUCUCCAUAGCCGAGAAGCUCUUGGUGUCACGUGACUUGCACGGGACUCGGACGUUUGCGAUCCGAGCACGGGAAACGGCGCCGGUUCUCGCCGACCAAAUCCUCGCCGUGACCGACACUCUCUUGGCGGCUCAAUCGAACCCUCAAGAUUGGUACGGGAUACUCCAACUCGUUCCGUUGACUCAGUCCAUGGAGGUGGUGGCGAGUCAGUAUAGGAAACUCUCUCUCCUCUUGAAUUACGGCAAGAACGGGCUGCCGUUCGCGGAUCAGGCGUUUCGAUGCGUUUCUGAAGCUUGGAGUGUGUUGUCUAACCCGUCUAAGAAGGCCAUUUACGAUAACGAGUUGAGGUUUCUUCAGUUCGGUCCGGUGAGUCAGUUUAGUCAACAGUAUCAUCAUCAACAGCCGCCGCCGCAAACGCAGACGCUGUUUAUGCAACCGCCGACGCAUCCGCCUCCGAAAGAAACGCAACCUCUGUUUAUGCAGCCACCGGCGCCUCCGCAUCAUAAAGAAACGCAGACGCUAUUUAUGCAACCGCCGGCACCUCCACCUCCGAAAGAAACGCAAACGCUGUUUAUGCAAACGCCGCCCAAAGAAACGCAACCGCUGUUUGCGAUAAGAAGCCCUACGAAUAGUAGUAAGGAUGGGAAUGCUGCAUUUGAAGGGGGAGGGCAGUUGGGUUUAAAUAAUAAUCUGCCGGAGCCAACUCGUCCGGCUGAGUCAACUUGGUCGAUGCAGAUGAAUCAGAUAGGUUUAGCUUGGCCGUGUCAGAUUAAUCAAUCAGGACCAGUUGGUUCGAGCCACAUUAGUCGGCCAGAGCCUACACGGACAAGCCAGGUUAAUCGACCGGAGCCUACCCAGGCGAGCCAGGUUAAUCUGCCUGAGCCUACGCGGACUAGCCAGGUUAAUCAGGUAGGAAUUGCUUGCUCGAAUGAAUUUAAUCGGACUGAGCCGGUUCAGAGAGUUGAGAUUAAGCAGAAACCACUUACUUCUCCUCCUCCUCCAGCAGCAGCAGAGUAUACUCGAACAGAGUCAAAUGGUGUGACUGGGAUGACUGAUUCGACUCGGCCUAGUCAAGCCACUGAGUCACAGGGACCGACUUUCUGGACAGCUUGUCCGUACUGUUACGUUCUCUAUGAGUAUCCUAAAAUGUACGAGGAUUGUACACUAAGGUGUCAAGCUAAGAAUUGCCGGCGAGCUUUCCAUGCAGUUGUGAUACCGCCGCCGCCGGUGAACGGAAAUGAUACCCAUUUCUUUUGUUUGGGGUUUUUUCCCUUAGGGUUUUCGGGAAAAGAUAAGAAUAAGGGCGGUAAGUUUCCCAGUUGGUCCCCUAUUUCCAACAUGUUUGCUUGUCCCAUGGACCACGUCACUGGAAAACAAAAGCCUGCUCCAAGAGUGUAUUACGAAGAUUAUGAUUCAUACGUAGAGAUUUUCGAUUCAAGUGGACCUUCGGAGGAUGAUGACGAUGACGAUGAAUGGCAGAAAUAUGAGAGGAAGAAGAAGCGGGCAAAGAAUGCCAAAGGGAAAGGAUCUGCUGGGAGAAAACCUAAGAAAGCACCGAGCGAGACAGUGGAUACGGGGAGCAAUCAGCAAGUUAGUGCGGCUCACAGUGCGAAGUUGAAUGGUGUUCCAGUGGUACCUGAGGGCCAGCUAACUGCUGAAUCGAGCAGAGGGGGUGUCACAAAUAGUGGGAGGAAGCAGAUGGUAAAAGGAGCAAAGAGUCUAGGGAAAUUGGAUUUGAAUGUGGAGUUUAGCAAUGAAGUGGAAGAGCCGGUGUCAAGGAGGAGUGAGGGGAACCAUGCUGGAAUAGGGGAAGAGGAUAACAUCGAAGGGAAUGGAUUUUUUGAGGGUCUUGAUGAGUUCUUAAGUAGCUUGCCUAUACUCUCCAAUGUCGGGGACGAAAAAGUUAAGGCUACUUAGUGAAGUAAGAUCCGUGUUUCCUUUUUUCAGCAGCUGUAGUUGUUCUAAUUGUAUGCUUAUAGUAUCUAAUCAUGUGGAGGUACUUGGGAUAUCCUUUUAUAGCCUUUUCAUGGUUGCAGUUAACUGUAUACUUUGUAUCGUUGUAUGUUGUUAUCA